AAUAAAAUGAGACAUUUUCAAGAGUUGAAUCAUAACCAUUCAGGCUUCAAAGUAGACCAUAAAAAUAGCUCUGUUGUACAAAUCAUACACACUAUCCAUCAUUUUCUGAAGCCUGACUUGUAUGUCACGUAUUGCAUGUAUGCAAUAUAAGUGUGCUUCAAAGCACAACAAAAUAUUAAAACAAAUGUAAUUAAAAUAUGCCUAUACGUAAACCAGCUGGGAUUUCUCUGUUUGCACAUUUAGUACACUGUAAGUUUGCAGACUGGUGCACAUUUGGCACGACUGAAGUGAUUUGAUUGUUCUGAUUUGCUCUUGUUUGACUCCCUGUGGUUAGUAUGGUGUCAGUUUUUCAUUAGUGUAGUAUGACUAAUGUAUUUUAGUUUCACCAUCCUCAGCUGUUUGUGUGUGUGUCACAGAAUCGUGGGUAGGAAACACUCCGCUCUAUUUAAGCAGGCAAAGUUCCUCAUCUUGGUAUAAUCAAAGGCUCACGGCUGAAGACUCUUCUUAGCUUUCCUCACAACACACCUGCUCUCUCUGCUGGCAGAUUUUCAUCCUAAAACUAUAUCUUACAGUCACAGAACAGGGUCGCUGGGAGAGAUGUGCACCGGACACUGCUCCAGGUCUGUGGGAAUGGCUCUGAUCCCUACAGCCAUCGUCUGCAUGCUGGCAAAUACACUGCUGCUGUUUCCUGAUCUGAAGUAUCAGUACCUGACUGACAAUCAUGUGACCAGAGAGGCCACGUGGUGCUCUGGGAUCUGGGCAUCAGGGCUUCUGGUGCUUGUGGCCGCGCGAGGUUUUACAACACACAACGAAAAGAACGGAUGCUGUUAUUUUACUACAGAGGUGUUGCGUAAGUUGGGCUACACAUGUUUGGCUAUUCUGGCAGCUGGCUUGUGUUUCGUGGUGAGCGGGACGGGGCUGGCGCUGGGACCCCUCUGUUUACACAACAGCACUGAAGGCCUAAAGUGGGGACGGCCAUUAAAACAAGUCAAAACUGGAGAGCAGCUUUACCUCUUUGCUCCGGAGCGGUGGCCGUCUGCCUGUGUGGAGCCUCGACAUGUUGUGGUCUGGAAUAUGGCUUUUUUAUCUGUCCUCAUGGCAGCGAGUGGCCUUCAGCUCAUUUUCUGCGUUCUCCAUCUCCUCACCGCUUUACUGGAGUUCAUGUGCAGACCCAGCUUCUGCAAGAAUAAGGUUGUUCCUGCUUAAAAAAUGAAUAGAGGUUAUAUUCAUUUCUCUCCAUGUGAGAAUGAGAAGGACAUUUUGGUGGGGUUAAACAGUCAGCUAUGACUGCUUAACUUAUUUUAAACAGAGAAAGAGAGAGAAAAGAAAAUAGAAAUGGGAAGUGGAUCACAAAAGCCAGAUUUCACAUCCCUGAAGUUUUAAUAGUGAUUUUAGUGACUGUAAACUUUGAAUCCCAGAAACACUUGAACAGAUAAUAUGCCUUGAAUAAUCCACUAAAAGCAUAGAGACAAAUAAGCUGUUUCAAAUAGUCUUUAUUUUAAUAUAUAUUCAGAAUGCACUUUAAUAUUUAUGCACUGUAUAGUAAUGUAAUUUUAUGCAUAUGUAUGUGUUGAUACUGAAACGCUUAGUGUUAGAUGUUAUUUUAAUUGUUUGACUUCUACAAGAUUAAAAACUAAUUGUAUGAACAGUUCAUUGUGUAAUGGA